AUGGCUCCCAUUGCACGGCCUCCACCAUCUCCCAUACACCGCCCGCCGCGCCCUCUCGACCCUCCAACCCCUGGUGACUUCCGAUGCGCUUGGACUUACAGGCAACGUGUUGAAAAGGCCAUUCUUUCCUGGAAUCGUGAAGUAACGUCUGCCCAUCUGGUUGAUGCGCUCGCGUACGAGGCGAAGAUUUUCAUGGCUCUGCCAGACCAUGUUGUUGGCAUCAAACCUCCGGAGGAGCAGUGUCUUCGCAACGAAAUAGAAGCGCUGAGGGCUCGCUUGGAUAAACUGGAAGCUCGACUGCGAAUAUUUGAAGAGAGCAGUGGUAGAAAGUGUAAUGCGCUCUCCCAUGACAAAACACCUUCUAUCGGCAGGAAGUCUUCGCGGGAUACAUAUUCGUCUGCUACCGACUCCGGUCUCGCGGGUUCAGAUACCUAUGUCAACAGUCCACUCGUCGACAAAGAAAGCAUUCCUUCUGACCAAGAAGGUUCCUCUGACCACGGAGUUUCUAAUCCUAUCGUGGAUGUUGACUCCUCUCCUGGCCUCUCUAGCGCAAACUUGCACACAUCCUCCAAUAAUCGAGCGCGUAGACACUAUGAGCACGACGUCUUGCUCAGAGACUACUUGGAAGAUUUCUACAUUCACCAAAACGCUAUUGACGAAGACUACAUGGUUCACAUCUCCACGGCGGAAUGGCCUCGAUAA